AUGCGUUCCAACACAGCAACACUCGCCAUUCUGUCACUCUUGUGCGCCUUGUCUCUCGGCCACAUGAAAUUGAAUCAUCCAGUCCCUUUCGGCGGCUCAACACUGUCACUGUCGCCACUAGCAAAUGUCAAACCGGGCACCCAGGGAAGCGACUUUCCGUGCCAGCAGCGCCCCGGAGUAUACCACAUCGAUGAGAUGAACGACAUGAAGGUUGGCGAACCACAGCUGCUCAAUCUCACGGGAACAGCGUCUCAUGGAGGCGGAACAUGUCUUAUCAGCGUCUCGCUGGAUCUAGAACCCGACUACAAAUCGACAUGGAAGGUGAUUCAAAUCUUUGAAGGCGGUUGUCCGACUGAAUCAAAUGGGAACACCGGCACUCACCCCUUCGCCUUCACUAUCCCAGAGAAAUUUCCGAAUGGCAGAGCUACCCUUUCCUGGACCUGGUAUAACCGAAUUGGUGACAGGGAGAUCUAUCAGAAUUGUGCUCCCAUUGACAUAACCGGCGGUGCUGAUAACAAAGACUACUACGACCAGCUACCGAACCUCUACCUGAUAAACCUUCCAACUUCGGAAUGCUCUAGUGUGGAGAUGUCCGACCUUGAGAUUCCUUUCCCAGGUCAAUUUGUUCUCCGAGAUUCUCAGAAGCUUGCAAGCGCGAGCGGUCCAAGUUGCGCGGCGUCUGCGGCUGCGAUGACCAAGGGCGUCUCCGGUUACAAGACCGCAACCUUGAACGAUGGCGCCGCGUACUCUGCUCCAGCCAAUGGGGGUGGCAACCAGACAGUCUCGGCUUCUAGCGCCCCUCAAACGACCUCUGCUCCGGCUAGCAAUACGGCCUCAUCAGUGGCAACCAGCUACAGCGCGCCAUCAGAAGCUGUAUCUACUGUGACGACCUUGUCCACAUCGAGAAAACCAACAUCGGUGGCUUCUGCAUCGGUCAGCUUUGCAACUAUGACUGUCUCCGGGACCGCUGGCAUCUUUGGGCCUACUACUGGAACUGGGACAGCUGCUACUCCUGCAGGAACUGGCACUACUUGCUCUGGAGACGCUAUUCACUGCUCCGCGGACGGCAGCCAAUUCGGACUCUGUGACCACGGCAAGAUCGUGUGGCAGAAGGUGGCAUCAGGCACCAAAUGCCAGGACGGCAAAAUCGCCAGACGUGCCACUCCAUGGAAUGUGCAUGCUCGCCGUCACGUAGCAAAGGCCGUUCAUGAAGUAUGA